GUGGGAUCGGUAGCUCUUGCAUAUUCCAGUCGAUCUUUGCUGAUAAGUAUUUAUUAAAUACCAUGGCCCGCUUUGGAUCGUCAGUGGACUUCGAGGUCAUCGUUGCAAGUCGGACUGUUACCACAGGCCUCACUUCCUGUCUUCUCUUCUUUGUUAGAGCCGAGGACUCACUCAACACCUGAAGCCAAGAUGCAGUCCAUUGUUACAUGCAUGCUUCUCGGAGCGCUCCUGGCUGCUCAAACAGAUGGCGCCCCGACGGUCGAUGAGGUCUACCCAUAUACGGGACCUAAAGUCCCAAUUGGGGAUUGGGUUGACCAGACCCUCAAUGGAAACGGCAAAGGAUUCCCUCGCUUAGUUGAACCACCUGCUGUGAAGCCGGCAUCUCACAAACCCACCAACAAUGUCAACGUCAUCUCCUUGGCAUAUACGCCAAAUGGUAUCAGCAUUCAUUACCAGACGCCUUUUGGGCUGGGAGAAGCCCCUUCAGUUUAUUGGGGAACUAGCCCUCACCGGCUAAACAACAAGGCCACUGGCCGAACAACUACCUACGAUCGAACACCCCCUUGCUCUGCAUUUUCGGCCAUUACCCAAUGUAGCCAAUUUUUCCAUGAUGUGCAGAUCAGCCAACUGAAGCCCGGAAAGACUUACUACUACAAGAUCCCGGCGGCUAAUGGCACUACCGUGUCUAAGGUUCUCAGCUUCGAUACCGCUCGUGCACCUGGAGACAAAGCAGAGUUCUCUGUUGCCAUUCUGAACGACAUGGGAUAUACCAACGCGGCAGGAACCUUUAAGCAGCUGACCAAGGUUGUUAAAGAGGGUGCAGCCUUUGCGUGGCAUGGAGGCGACCUUAGUUAUGCUGAUGAUUGGUAUUCCGGCAUAUUGCCUUGCGAAGAUAGCUGGCCCGUGUGCUAUAAUGGCACAUCCACUGAGCUUCCUGGCAGUGCUCCCAUCCCCGAUGAGUAUAAAAAACCUCUACCGGCCGGAGAAAUCCCCAACCAAGGUGGUCCCCAAGGUGGAGAUAUGAGCACUCUGUACGAAUCGAAUUGGGACCUCUGGCAGCAAUGGAUCGGCAGCAUCACUACCAAGAUCCCGUACAUGGUCCUGCCCGGAAAUCACGAGGCAACGUGUGCUGAAUUUGAUGGCCCAAAGAACGUCUUGACCGCAUACUUGAACGAUGAUAUUGUCAACGGCACCGCUGAUAAGUCUGCUCUCACUUACUACAGCUGCCCCCCUUCCCAGAGAAAUUUCACUGCAUAUCAAAAUCGCUUUCACAUGGCAGGAGAAGCGUCUGGUGGCGUCGGAAACUUCUGGUACUCCUUCGACUACGGCCUGGCUCACUUCGUCUCCAUUGACACAGAGACCGACUAUGCACAUAGUCCCGAAUGGCCCUUCGCUCGGGACCUGAAAGGAGACGAGUCUCAUCCAACUGCUUCCGAGACAUAUGUCACUGAUAGCGGUCCCUUUGGCGCGGUCGGAAACUAUAGUGACACCAAAGCGUAUGAGCAAUACCAAUGGCUUGCAAAGGAUCUCGCCAGCGUCGACCGACAUAAAACACCAUGGGUCAUCGUCAUGGGCCACCGCCCGAUGUAUAGUUCCCAAGUUUCAUCUUACCAGAAGUAUCUCCGAGAGGCCUUUGAAGGCUUGAUGUUAAAGAAUGGUGUUGAUGUAUAUCUAGCCGGUCACAUCCAUUGGUACGAGAGAUUGCUGCCACUCAAGACUAACGGCACGAUUGAUCACUCCGCAUUCAUGAACAACAACACCUAUAAAUCAAACCCAGGCGUUUCUAUGACUCAUAUCAUCAAUGGAGCUGCAGGAAAUAUUGAGAGUCAUAGCACCUUGGGUGAUAAUCCUCUGCUCAACUUCACCGUCCUCCUCGAUCAAGUCCACUUUGGCUUCAGUAAGCUUACUAUCAAUAGCGCCAAGAAACUCACAUGGAAAUUCAUUCAUGGCGAGGGUGGCGUGAUUGGCGACGAGCUCACGAUCCUUAAGAGUUAUUAAUAAUGUUAAAGGGGAGCUAGAGUUAAAGGUGUAUAUAUUUAAAUUGAUGCGAUCCCGCCCAGCGAUAUUGGAUCACGCCCCUCUCUCAGCCAGAGCGA